UCUGCAGGUUUUUCCAGAGAGCGGCAUGAACUCUGACCCUCCUCCAAAGGCCAGUGAACGGCGGGAAAAGAUGGACAGUCCCGGGAAGACAACUAUUGCGCAUGCCCGACUGGGCUGCGUAGGAGGGAAAUGCACCCCCUCCCUCUGCGAUCCGCCCACUCGGCGUUCACUCUUCUGGAGUUCGCCCUGCUGCUACUCAGCCCGCCCACAACCCCUCGACGCACCCCCAGCCUCACAGCUGAGUUGAUGGCUUCCGGAGAACUGGCAUAGCUGCAGAAUAUGAGUAGCAUCCCAAGAAGAGUGCUUUGCCUUUGGCACAAGGAUCAGAAUAAGGGUGAAUUGCUAUUACAUAGAGUUUUUCGGUAAAAGUCACUGAAAAUUAUUUGCCAUACAGUAACCAGAGACCUCCAACUAGGGGCCCCCAAACUGUGUACUGCCUGUAGGUGAAGGUGCAUUUUUGCUUUUUAAUUUGGCUGGAAGCAAUUUAUUUUUAAAGAAAAUAUGUCUUCUCUGAAGAUACAUGGUCCUAUCAGAAUUCGAAGUAUGCAGACUGGGAUUACAAAGUGGAAAGAAGGAUCCUUUGAAAUCGUGGAAAAAGAGAAUAAAGUCAGCCUAGUAGUUCACUACAAUACUGGAGGAAUUCCAAGGAUAUUUCAGCUAAGUCAUAACAUUAAAAAUGUGGUGCUUCGACCCAGUGGAGCAAAACAAAGCCGCCUAAUGUUAACUCUACAAGAUAACAGCUUCUUGUCUAUUGACAAAGUACCAAGUAAGGAUGCAGAGGAAAUGAGGUUGUUUCUAGAUGCAGUCCAUCAAAACAGACUUCCUGCAGCCGUGAAACCUUCUCAGGGGUCUGGUAGUUUUGGAGCCAUUCUGGGCAGCAGGACCUCACAGAAGGAAACCAGCAGGCAACUUUCUUACUCAGACAAUCAGGCUUCUGCGAAAAGAGGAAGUUUGGAAACUAAAGAUGAUAUUCCAUUUCGAAAAGUUCUUGGUAAUCCGGGUAGAGGAUCGAUUAAGACUGUAGCAGGAAGUGGAAUAGCUGUUACUCGGACGAUUCCUUCUUUGACAUCUGCAUCAACACCUCUUAGAUCAGGGUUGCUAGAAAAUCGUACUGAAAAGAGGAAAAGAAUGAUAUCAACUGGCUCAGAAUUGAAUGAAGAUUACCCUAAGGAAAAUGAUUCAUCAUCGAACAACAAGGCCAUGACAGAUCCUUCCAGAAAGUAUUUAACCAGCAGUAGAGAAAAGCAGCUGACUUUGAAACAGUCAGAAGAGAAUAGGACAUCAGGGCUUUUACCUUUGCAGUCGUCAUCCUUUUAUGGUAGCAGAGCUGGAUCCAAGGAACACUCUUCUGGUGGCGCUAACUUAGACAGGACUAAUGUUUCAAGCCAGACUCCCUCUGCCAAAAGAAGUUUGGGAUUUCUUCCUCAGCCAGCUCCUCUUUCUGUUAAAAAACUGAGGUGUAACCAGGAUUACACUGGCUGGAAUAAACCAAGAGUGCCCCUUUCCUCUCACCAACAGCAGCAACUGCAGGGCUUCUCCAAUUUGGGAAAUACCUGCUAUAUGAAUGCUAUUCUACAAUCUCUGUUUUCACUCCAGUCAUUUGCAAAUGACUUGCUUAAACAAGGUAUCCCAUGGAAGAAAAUUCCACUCAAUGCACUUAUCAGACGCUUUGCACACUUGCUUGUUAAAAAAGAUAUCUGUAAUUCAGAGACCAAAAAGGAUUUACUCAAGAAGGUUAAAAAUGCCAUUUCAGCUACAGCAGAGAGAUUCUCUGGUUAUAUGCAGAAUGAUGCUCAUGAAUUUUUAAGUCAGUGUUUGGACCAGUUGAAAGAAGAUAUGGAAAAAUUAAAUAAAACUUGGAAGACUGAACCUAUUUCUGGAGAAGAAAAUUCACCAGAUAUUUCAGCUACCAGAGUAUACACUUGCCCUGUUAUUACUAAUUUGGAGUUUGAGGUUCAGCACUCUAUCAUUUGUAAAGCAUGUGGAGAGAUUAUCCCCAAAAGAGAACAGUUUAAUGACCUCUCUAUUGACCUUCCUCGUAGGAAAAAACCACUCCCUCCUCGUUCAAUUCAAGAUUCUCUUGAUCUUUUCUUUAGGGCCGAAGAACUGGAGUAUUCUUGUGAGAAGUGUGGCGGAAAGUGUGCUCUUGUCAGGCACAAAUUUAACAGGCUUCCUAGGGUCCUCAUUCUCCAUUUGAAACGAUAUAGCUUCAAUGUGGCUCUCUCGCUUAACAAUAAGAUUGGGCAGCAAGUCAUCAUUCCAAGAUACCUGACCCUGUCAUCUCAUUGCACUGAAAAUACAAAACCACCUUUUACCCUUGGUUGGAGUGCACAUAUGGCAAUUUCUAGACCAUUGAAAGCCUCUCAAAUGGUGAAUUCCUGCAUCACCAGCCCUUCUACACCUUCAAAGAAAUUCACCUUCAAAUCCAAGAGUUCCUUGGCUUUAUGCCUUGAUUCAGACAGUGAGGAUGAACUAAAACGUUCAGUGGCCCUCAGCCAGAGACUUUGUGAAAUGUCAGGCAAUGAACAGCAGCAAGAAGACCUGGAAAAAGAUUCAAAAUUAUGCGCAAUAGAGCCUGACAGAUCUGAAUUGGAAAACUCAGGAUUUGACAGAAUGAGCGAAGAAGAGCUUCUAGCAGCUGUCUUGGAGAUAAGUAAAAGAGAUGCUUCACCAUCUCUGAGUCAUGAAGAUGAUGAUAAGCCAACUAGCAGUCCAGAUACUGGAUUUGCAGAAGAUGAUAUUCAAGAAAUGCCAGAAAAUCCAGACCCUAUGGAAACUGAGAAGCCCAAAACAAUCACAGAGCUGGAUCCUGCCAGUUUUACUGAGAUAACUAAAGACUGUGAUGAGAAUAAAGAAAACAAAACUCCAGAAGGAUCUCAGGGAGAGGUUGAUUGGCUCCAGCAGUAUGAUAUGGAGCGUGAAAGGGAAGAGCAAGAGCUUCAGCAGGCACUGGCUCAGAGCCUUCAAGAGCAAGAGGCUUGGGAACAGAAAGAAGAUGAUGACCUCAAAAGAGCUACCGAGUUAAGUCUUCAAGAGUUUAACAACUCCUUUGUGGAUGCAUUGGGUUCUGAUGAGGACUCUGGAAAUGAGGAUGUUUUUGAUAUGGAGUACACAGAAGCUGAAGCUGAGGAACUGAAAAGAAAUGCUGAGACAGGAAAUCUGCCUCAUUCCUACCGGCUCAUCAGUGUUGUCAGUCACAUUGGUAGCACUUCUUCUUCAGGUCAUUAUAUUAGUGAUGUGUAUGACAUUAAGAAGCAAGCGUGGUUUACUUACAAUGACCUGGAGGUAUCAAAAAUCCAAGAGGCUGCUGUGCAGAGUGAUCGAGAUCGGAGUGGCUACAUCUUCUUUUAUAUGCACAAGGAGAUCUUUGAUGAGCUGCUGGAAACAGAAAAGAACUCUCAGUCACUUAGCAUGGAAGUGGGGAAGACUACCCGUCAAGCCUCGUGAGGAACAAACUUCUGGGUUGGCAGUGUGCGCUGCAUAUUCUUACUGCUGCCCACCUCACCUUUCCUUUGCUGAAGGAGAAUUUGGAAUUCUGCUUGAUGCGGGAGCAACAAACAGCUCAGGGCCAAACCAAAAGACAAAAAUUGGAGUUACAUAGAAUGCUCCAUGCUAUUUUAUGGAAACUUUGGUCUCACAUCUGUAGCUGAUUAUCCUUUUUCUCCUGUAAGAGUGGCACUUCCUUUUGUCUUAGGAAUACAUGUUGUAAAUAUAUAUCUGUGUGUGUGUGUAUACACACACACACACACACACACACAGGAUGAAUGGAGCCUUAAAGAGUUAGGAUGAGCCCCCAGAAUAUGCCUGCUCAAAAUUAAUAGCACAGCAGUUUGGAGAAGAAAUGAAGGUGUCAAAGAGUCCAUUCACCUGAAAAAUGUGUGAAGAUGUACUUAUCAGUUGGCUUUUAACUUUUAUGUUCCUUGAGUAGUUUCACUCAAGUCUGUAACCUUUUGCGUGUGUUUCCUUAUUAGUAAAGUUCACUGGAAAGCCAGCUCUUCAUGUUA